UAAGUUGUAUUCACUUGUUCGAGCCAGUGUCUUUCGAGUUAGUGAAUUUAAAAACAUUUGUCCAAAAUCGCACGCCCAGUCUAGCAAAUUGUAAGAGAUUUGUGAAUUUUUCAACUUUUGGAUCGAAUUUAACUUGAUUAUGGAUCUGCAGAAGCUACUCCAAAGGCUAUACUGCGUACGAUGAGUGUUAAAGGAUUGACUCUAUUUCAUUUGAAGAGUCAUCUCCAGAAAUAUAGACUAGGCAAACAAUCUGGGAAAGAAUUCGGUGAGGCUUCGAAAGAUGGUUCGUACCAUUUGGAUAGCCCCCGUGCCAGUACCCCUCCUCAGAACUUGCUAUCAUCUGACAUGAAUAUGGGUUAUGAAGUCAAGGAGGCAUUGAGAGCACAAAUGGAAGUUCAAAGCAAACUACAUUUGCAAGUCGAAGCUGAAAAACACGUGCAGAUUCGUCAAAAUGCUGAGAGCAGGUAUAUGGCUAUGCUUGAAAGAGCAUGCGAAAUGUUUGCGAAUCAAAUUCUUGGAGCUGCAGAUACGAGUAACGAUGGAGAUGGUUACGAAGGAAAAGGAACCGAAAGUUGUCUUACUUCCCACGAGAGUUGCGUUGGAUUUCUUCCGGAAGGUUCUUCAAAGAGAAGAGUGAUCAAUACAGGUUCGGCGAAUGCCUCGUUUGUGUGGGGCGAGUCUGAUGCGUAUACACCGGAUUUGCAUCUGGUGCAGGUUAGCAAUUCCCAUGGAAUUGCAGGGUGUGGUGUAUAAAAGUGUAAUGAUUAGUUCGAUUAAUUGCUUGUGUUUUUUUCUUUUCAACGCGGUUUGAAGCAAGGUUUCUAGAUCCUAUGAAUCUGAGAACUGGGAAUUAAUGUAGUUUAACUAACUUGACAGAAGUUGUAAAUUUGGAGCUGCUGAUGUUUUCAGAUCAAGAAUGGACCUUUUUUUACCUACCA